AUGGAACUCAACUACACCCUCCUCUCCCAACUCCCCCUCGCCAUCCUCGUCCUCUGGAUCUUCACCCACUACAUGACCCUCACCUUCCCGACCCUCCAAGGCCGGCGGAUCCUGCUCCUCAUCGCCCACCCAGACGACGAAGCCAUGUUCUUCGCCCCGACACUUCGUCGCCUCUCGGAGUCCUCUUUGCAAAACCAAAUAUACAUUCUAUGCCUGAGCUCUGGUGAUGCGGACGGACUCGGCCAUGUUCGCAAAGAUGAGCUUAAGAAGAGCGCCCUGAUGCUCGGGGUCACGCAUCCGGAGCACGUGGUUGUGCUGGAGGAUGAGCGGUUCCCUGACUCGAUGACGCAGACGUGGGACGCGAAGCAAGUCGGCAGCGUUCUCACGCGGUACUUUGCGCCUGAUGCUGCGAAGGGGAGCGUGAAGCAAGCGCCUAAAGCGUUGGUCGACACAAUCAUCACGUUCGACGAGGGAGGCGUAUCCGGCCAUCCGAAUCACGUCUCUCUACUGCACGGCGCGAAGGCUUUUCUCAGCCAACUGAUGCAAAGACAUACGGGGUGGGAGUGUCCGGUCAAGCUGUACACGCUUACGACGACGAAUGUGGUGCGGAAGUACUCGAGUGUGGUGGACUCGGCGAUGACGGUGAUUACGUGUUUGUGGAAGAGGAAGGAGAGGGGGGAUUUCCCGACGCCGGUGCUGGCGGUGAGUGGGUUUGGGGAUGUGAGGAGGGCGCAGAGGGCGAUGACGACGGGGCAUCGGAGUCAGAUGAGGUGGUUUCGGUGGGGGUGGAUUGGGGUGAGUCGGUAUAUGGCUGUGAAUGAUUUGGUGAAGGUUAAGGUGGUGUAA